CCCCACCUUUCUAUAUAUACGGAAGAUUGUUUAUUUCUGAGUUAGUGUACCGACAAAGUUUCAGCGAUUCAAGAUGAAAACCUUUUUGGUGCUGUCAAUCGCCCUUUUUGGUGCGGCAGUCGCUCAGUUCCCAAAUGGGCGAAUUCUGGAACCCCCAGUACCAGCCCUUUGCGCCCAGAGGGUGAUUCACGACAGAACUCCAGACGGAAAGGGCUACUUUUUCAGCUGGAGGGAUGCUGCCACUAAGGGCCUUGAAUAUGACUGGCUGGAUGGUAGAAAUUUCUGCAGAAAGCGUUGUAUGGACUUGAUAUCACUAGAAACUAGUGCCGAGAACGAGUGGGUGAAAAAACGUCUUGUAGACGACAAGGUGAAAUAUAUCUGGACAUCGGGCCGGCUCUGCGACUUCAAGGGCUGCGAUCGUGCAGAUCUCCAACCAGUCCAAGUAAAUGGAUGGUUCUGGACAGCCGUUCUGCAAAAACUAGCCCCGACCACCCAGAGAGAUCAAAAUGAUUGGUCCCCUACUGGAGGCAUCGGUAAACCCCAACCCGACAACCGUGAGGCACAACAGGGAGGGGCGACAGAGAAUUGCCUCGCCGUUUUGAACCAAUUUUACAAUGACGGAGUUAACUGGCACGAUGUGGCUUGUCACCAUGUCAAACCUUGGGUGUGCGAAGAAAACGAAGACCUUCUCAAAUACGUCCGUUACACAAACCCCACGUUGGCGAUUUAAGUGUUCAAAGAUUAAGUUAGACUGAGUAUUUUUUAAAAAGUGGCAUUAAUAUAAAUUAAUUUAUUGUAGUUAGACGUGUAAAAUUAGUAAAUAAAUAAACGAUUACUUGGAAUAUGUUGUUUUACCAGUACUAUCGUAAUAAUGUACAUGACACACCCAAUCAACUGUUUAUAAAAUUAAACAAAAUUAUAUUUAUAACGCCUU